GAGUCGGCUGCUCUGCUUCCGAACACUGCGCCUUCUGAGGUGUCGUUAUGUUCUUUGCGUGCCACGCAGCCCUUGGUCGGAGAUGAUCGGAAGCUGGCCGGGGCGCAGAGAGGCGUGACGGUCAGUCAAGGCUUGUGUGCGAGAAGUGGUGAUCUUCGUGGCAGGACUGUGGCAUCGGGAGUUGGAGGAUGCCAAGCGAUGUUCAAGUCGAAUGCGGUUGGCAGACGAACCAGUGUUUCUUCCGAGAUACUGAAUUGUACGCAGUAUUCGCUCGACAUGGGUGACUGGCGAAAUGGCAUCGCGUCUGACUACGAGUCUGACUUUGUUAUCAGGAGAUUCACCUUCUAAUUUUCAUGCGCAAUCACUGUCGGGACCUUUUUUCAUUCUUCGCACAAGUGUGAUAAAAAUACUACUCAAAUGGGGUCGCAAUCACACUGAGCUCUAUUGCAC